AUGCUUCCUUUCCAUUGUGCGCCGCUCCUGAACAACAGCGAGCGCGUUGUCUUGGUUGACUUGCCGCAGCAUUGGAAUCUAGGCGACAGCUUCCUCUGGUUGGGCGAGCUCAACAUGAUGGGCGCGCUGGGCCUGCAGCAGCCGCCAGCCACGCCCGUCUGUACGAUUAACUCUUGCAACCUGGAUUUGUUGGGCGCGGCGGUGGGCAGCGGCACCAUCCUGCUCCACGGCGGCGGCAACUUUGGCGACCUCUACCCUGCCCACAACCAGCUGCGCAGCACCAUCGUGCGGCGCUUCCCCAACAACACCAUCGUGCUGAUGCCGCAGAGCGUGGUGUACAGGGAUGAGCGCCUGGCGGCGGCAGACGCCGCCGUGUUUGCCUCCCACCGCUCGCUCACCCUGCUGGCACGGACGGCCGAGUCGCUGGAGAAGCUGGGCACGCACUUCAAUGCCACGCCGCGGGCCCUCUCCCCCGACGCCGCCUUCAUGCUGGGCCCAGUGCUGCCCGACUGCGAGCCCACGGUCGACAUUGCCUUCUUGCUGCGCUCCGACAUCGAGCGGCGGAUGGAGGAGCACAACAAAACCGACGCGGUGCUUCAGUCGCUGCAGGCGCGCAACGUGACUUACACUGUCGACGACUGGCUUGGCUGGCAGCAGUACGCCCACGUGACCCACGAGACGCUCGACCAGGCGCUCGCCUCGCUGAAGCUGCACGUCGCCAACCGCAUACUGUGCCGCGGGCGCGUGGUGGUGUCCGACCGCAUGCACGCCAUGAUUUUGGCCUUGCUCAUGGGCAGGCCCUUUGUGGGGUUUGACAACAACAAUCGCAAGCUGUCGUCGUACCGUGCCACGCAUCUGGACCCGCAGCCGUUGUGCCGACCCGAGCACACGCGCUCCUUCUUGACGAGCGGCAUCGAGGAGGCGGUGGCCAAGGCGCUCCAGCUGCUAGAUGCCGGCGUUUGA